AUGGCACCCAGCAUGCAAGAAACACAAUACCCAUCCGAAGGCACGAGGGCGUCACAGAACCAGAAUUUUUCGAAUUCCAACGUUUUUGAUAUCUCGCCAGCUGCGGCUUUGGAGCUGUUAUGCUUCAAUAUCGAGAGCCUUGCACAGUCAACUACCCAAACACCGACGGAUCCCCUAGUGAAUUCUCCUGGUGCUCAUGGCGAGGAUUAUCAAUACAAUGCCUCCAAUGGGGAAGCACCCAUACAAAUAAGAACUGCCGAACUGCAUGCCCCACCAACAGCUGAUAACACGGCUGGCCAGGAUAUCCUUCAGCUUAGUGUGCUUUUGCGAAAAUUUGUGUCGAAAAAAGAACCGCCCAUCUCAUUACGGGAUUACCUGUUACGACUUCACAAGUACUGCCCCAUGUCCACAGCAGUCUAUCUUGCUACCAGCAUUUAUUUUACCAAGAUGGCAGUCGUCCAACGGAUGCUGUCUAUUAACCCGAAGAAUAUGCAUCGUCUUAUCCUUGCUGGUCUUGGGGUAGCGAUGAAAGCGUUGGAAGACCUUAGUUACCCUCAUAGUCGAGUUGCGAAGGUUGGUGGAGUGAGUGAGCGCGAACUUUCCAAGAUCGAAAUCAGCUUCUGCUUUCUGGUGGAUUUCAAGCUGCGGGUCGACGCUCAGAUGCUUCUGGAUGAAGCGCAAGAUCUAAUUCAAAGAUGCGUAAAGAAGAAUGAAGAGAAAGGGAAAAAGGAAAAUGGUAUGUCAAAAUAG